GAGAGAGAAAAAAAAAAAAAAGUCAACAAAAAACAAAGGGAGAAAAGAAAUUAAGAAACAGUGACGGCAUGACGCAGUGAAUCUUCUUACUCCGUUGGGUUAGGGUUCGCUGUGAAUCUUCUUCAAUCUCAUUUGAUUCGCCACUCCCUCUUCUUCAUUUCAUUUCCAGAAUACGGUAAUAUUUUGCUGAGACUCAAUGGACUCCGAAGUUGACCCUCCUGAAACUGAAAACCCACCCAAAAGACACAAAUGCUCGGCAUGCUAUAAGCAAUACAAGAAAAAGGAGCAUCUUAUUGAGCACAUGAAAAUAUCUUACCACUCUCUUCAUCAGCCGAGAUGUGGGGUUUGUCAAAAGCAUUGCAAAUCUUUUGAGUCGCUCAGGGAGCAUCUUACCGGUCCAUUGCCAAAAGGACUUUGUUCAACAAUUUUCUCUCAACAAGGUUGUCAACUUUGCUUGUCACUAUUUGAUAGUGCCGUAUCUCUCAGGGAGCAUUUAGAAACAUGCCGCUUAUCUUCCCCUGCUCCUAUGGGAACCGAUGCAAUGCCCUAUAUAAGCUCCCAAAUUGACAAUCUAGAUUCCUGUGAUGAAAAUGGUGCUGGUGGACGUCCUAGAGCAAUUGCAAUGGAUUGUGAAAUGGUUGGUGGCGGGAGUGAUGGAUCGCUGGAAAUUUGUGCUAGAGUAUGCUUGGUUGAUGAAGAUGAGAAUUUAAUCUUCCACACAUAUGUACAGCCAAUAAUCCCUGUUACUAACUACAGAUAUGAUAUAACUGGGUUGACCGAAGAGAAUCUUAGAAAUGCUAUGCCACUGAAGGAGGUUCAGGAAAAGGUAUUGCAAAUUCUAUAUAACGGAGAAUCCACUGGCAAAGUUCUAGAUGGGGGGAAGGCCAGGCUUCUGGUGGGGCAUGACUUAGAACAUGAUUUUGAUUGCUUGAAAUUGAAUUAUCCCAAACACUUGCUGAGGGACACUGCAAAGUAUCGACCAUUGAUGAAGACAAACUUGGUUAGCCAUUCGCUCAAGUAUCUUACCCGAACAUAUCUAGGUUAUGAUAUCCAAAGCGGCGCUCAUGACCCAUAUGAAGACUGUAUCUCUGUGAUGAGACUAUAUAAGAGAAUCCGGGGUCAAAUUCAUAAGGAGGAAGGCUAUGGAACAUUGACUUCCAAUAACAACAUAGGCGAGUCUGUUUGUUGGCAAUCUGAGAAAGUAAGCAACCUCACACCAGAUGAACUAUAUGCCAUGUCAAGAUCAGACUACAGAUGUUGGUGUUUGGAUUUGAGACCAAACUUGGCACCCUGAUUUUAUUCAUAUCUUCAAUGCGUCUAACUACACGGAUUUGGGGGAGAUGUUUUGGCAUGUUCCUUUACGUAAAUGUCUUACUAGCCUCCGGGAUAAGAAAACGAAGUAAUUGGAGGAAAAACAGGCACUAUGUUUUGGAACUUUUGUAGAUAUUUAUAAAGCUUUGUUUCAAUCA